CAUCAUUCUUGCCGGCGCACAUAGAAGACGCACCUCGCCACCAUGCCCAUCAUCCCCUCGCUCUACUCAACUCUCUUCACCUGCCCUCCCCCCUCCCGCCCAGCUUUACAAUAGCAACAACGUCAAACCUCAACCUCGACUUGUCUUUCCUUAUCCGCUCACUCCUCCACUCCCACACAUCACGCCAUACACUGCGCGACCGCCCCAUCCUCGCCACACACCACACUCCUGCGCCAGCUCCCGCUUCCCACGCACCACAACAACACCGAUACUCUCUUCCUCGACACCACACUCUCCAUAACCCAAUCAUGAAGGUCAAGCUACGCAAGAACCCACCGCCGCCCAGCCCACGGCUUCACUCGGGAUACAAGGCCAUCCGGCCCCGCUGGGGCAGGUCCGCCAAGCCUGUACCCGCGGCCGUGCGCAAGCGCCUCAUGGCGGCGGCGGCGGUGACCAAACAGGCCGCCGCCGCCACCGCCAAGAAUCCCAUCCCCACCGCUUCUGUUAACGCAACCAGCACGGCCAAGUCCUUCGCGACCCCGACCCGUGCUGGCGUAUCGACCGCCUAUCCCACCCCACCUCGAACCACGACCCCGAAGCAGCGCACACGGCGCUCCCCGGCGCCCUCGCCCACCACCGCUCGGAUGCAGCCUCAGCCGACCCUCCGUGCCGUGCUCGCCUCGCGCGGCAUCAGCGGGACCGCCGCCGACAUUUCCGACGGUUACGAGUGGAGCCCGAUCGAGCUUGCAGACGACGUCUCGCGCCAGCUCUGGCCAGAAGCGUGCCCUCCACCGAACGACUGCCCUUCGUGGGCUGCCGGCAUGCGUCGCGACAUCGAUGCGGCCGCCGUCGCUGCGCGCACCCGCACCGCCCAGCGCAAGGCCGAGGGUGUGUUGCCCACGCCAAGUCCCAGCUCGCCACACCCCGCUCGUAUGUGGCCCGCAAACCAGCCGCCCUCGCGCUCGACCUCGCCCAUCUACCAGCCUCCCUCGCACUCGACCACCCCUCACCAGGCGUCGUACCGUCCAUCGCCCCUCGCCCGGACCGCCGCCACCAGCAGAAGCGUUGUUUAUAUGCCGGCGCCACAGUUCACCGAGCUCCCGUCGCCCGUACCAAAUGUCACGCGCCGGCGCCCCGCUUGGACGCGGCCUGGUGGCCCGCUUCCGCCCUUCCUCACACCCGACCAGUUGCCCGCCAACUUCGAGGAUCACCGAUGGAACAUGGCGUAUGUCGUGCACGAGGUCGCUGGACUCGAGUGGCACGAGGAGUGCUUGUGUAUGGAUUGCGACGACACAGCCCUCCGCCGUGUCGGAACUGUGCCAAAGAUCUGGCCCGGAUUCGAGGUGGAUAACCCUUUCCUCGUCGCCUACUUCAAUGGGGAGUAAGCCUAGAGUGUAUUCCUAGUCGUGUAUCAGCAGGGUAGCAUGUGUGAGCGCCCGUCAAUAGCAUUAGACCACCAAGGACAGUAAGAAGUGACCGUAGCGAUAUCCCGUCACGCACACCAGCGAUG